CAGAGAAGGCGAGCAAGGCAGCAGCCCGCAGCCCGCCCCUAGCACGUCCUCAGCCGCGCAGACACUCGGCGAAGCUGGAGGUGAGGGCGGGCGCCGGCGAACUCGGAGAGGUGCUCGCUCACUCCAAACGAUCCUAGACGCUCCGCCGCACCGGCAGCAGCAGCCUCCGCAGCCAACAGCAGCAGCUUCCUUCCUCAGGCUUCCCUCGUGAGGCUGACCGAGCCUGUGUAGCUGGUGGAAAAGGCUCCCGCUAGGGGAACCCGGCAAAGAGCUGCACGGCCGCCUCCCACUCGGACCGUCGGUCGGUCAUCAGUGUCUCCGCCCGCGUGUCCGUCCCGAGUGCCCAGGGAUGUGUGUCAGUUUACGCCUCUGAGAUCACACGGCUGCCUGGGGCCGUGCGAUGCCCACGGCAAGUCUUGGCUUCUCUUUUUGUUAUUAUUUUUACGCUUGGCUUUUGGGAAAUAUUCGUGAUAUUGUAGAAUAAAGGAAAUGACACUUUGAGGAACUGAAAAGAACAUAGAUGCGUUUUGUUCUUAAGAGAGGAAACCCGUCCCCUCUUCCUCUUGCUCCCUCUUUGCUGAUUUCAGGAGCUACCCUCCUCCAGGCAAGGUGGGAAUUCCAGCAAGAAUAAAGGUGAAGACGAGCCGUCAGGACCCAGGAGGGAAACCCUGACCAUUUGCAGAAGACGUUUUGAGGAAGAAAAUAAGAAAGAGGGGUGGGGGGGGUGGGGGAAACCCGCCACACAGACUUUUAAUUAUACAAGAAGCCUACAAAUCCAGCUCUGGAGAAAGCCUCCUCGAAAAUGGAUAUGUUUCCUCUCACCUGGGUUUUCUUAGCGCUCUACUUUUCAAGACAUGAAGUGAGAGGCCAACCAGACCCACCCUGUGGAGGUCGUUUGAAUUCCAAGGAUGCUGGCUACAUCACUUCCCCAGGCUACCCCCAGGACUAUCCCUCCCAUCAGAACUGCGAAUGGAUUGUUUAUGCCCCUGAACCCAACCAGAAGAUUGUCCUCAACUUCAACCCUCACUUUGAAAUCGAGAAGCAUGACUGCAAGUAUGACUUCAUUGAGAUUCGGGAUGGGGACAGCGAUUCUGCAGACCUCCUGGGAAAGCACUGUGGGAACAUUGCCCCACCUACCAUCAUCUCCUCAGGCUCUGUGCUCUACAUCAAGUUCACUUCUGACUAUGCCAGGCAGGGGGCAGGCUUCUCCCUACGCUAUGAGAUCUUCAAAACAGGCUCUGAAGAUUGUUCAAAGAACUUCACAAGCCCCAACGGAACCAUCGAAUCUCCUGGCUUCCCCGAGAAGUACCCACACAAUUUGGACUGCACCUUUACCAUCCUGGCCAAACCCAAGAUGGAGAUCAUCCUUCAGUUCCUGACCUUUGACCUGGAGCAUGACCCUUUGCAGGUGGGAGAGGGAGACUGCAAAUACGAUUGGCUAGACAUCUGGGAUGGCAUUCCACAUGUUGGCCCCUUGAUUGGCAAGUACUGUGGGACCAGGACACCCUCCGAACUCCGUUCUUCUACAGGGAUACUCUCACUGACCUUUCACACAGACAUGGCGGUGGCCAAGGAUGGCUUCUCUGCACGUUUCUACCUGGUUCAGCAAGAACCACUAGAGAACCUUCAGUGUAAUGCCCCUCUGGGAAUGGAGUCUGGCCGAAUUGCUAAUGAACAGAUCAGUGCAUCAUCUACCUACUCAGAUGGGAGGUGGGCUCCUCAACAAAGCCGGCUUCAUGGUGAUGACAAUGGAUGGACGCCCAACUUGGAUUCCAACAAGGAGUAUCUCCAGGUGGACCUGCGCUUUCUGACCAUGCUCACAGCCAUUGCCACGCAGGGAGCAAUUUCCAGGGAGACCCAGAAUGGGUACUAUGUCAAAUCCUACAAGCUAGAAGUCAGCACCAACGGUGAAGACUGGAUGAUGUACCGGCAUGGCAAAAACCACAAGGUAUUCCAAGCUAACAACGAUGCUACUGAGGUGGUUCUGAACAAGCUUCACACACCACUGCUGACAAGAUUCGUGAGGAUCCGGCCUCAGACCUGGCAUUCCGGCAUCGCCCUGCGGCUGGAACUCUUCGGCUGCCGGGUCACAGACGCUCCCUGCUCCAACAUGCUGGGGAUGCUCUCAGGCCUCAUUGCUGACUCCCAGAUCUCCGCCUCGUCCACCCGCGAGUACCUGUGGAGCCCCAGUUCAGCCCGCCUGGUCAGCAGCCGCUCGGGCUGGUUUCCUCGGAUCCCUCAGGCUCAGCCGGGUGAGGAGUGGCUUCAGGUGGACCUGGGAGCCCCUAAGAUGGUGAAGGGGGUCAUCAUCCAAGGGGCCCGUGGAGGAGACAGUAUCACUGCUGUGGAAGCCAGGGCGUUCGUGCGCAAGUUCAAAGUCUCCUAUAGUCUAAAUGGCAAGGACUGGGAAUACAUCCAGGACCCGAGGAUCCUGCAGCCCAAGCUGUUUGAAGGGAACAUGCACUACGACACCCCCGACAUCCGGAGGUUCGACCCCGUUCCGGCACAGUACGUGCGAGUGUAUCCUGAGAGGUGGUCACCAGCCGGGAUCGGGAUGAGGUUGGAGGUGCUUGGCUGUGACUGGACAGAUUCAAGGCCCACAGUUGAGACUCUGGGACCCACCAUGAAGAGCGAAGAGACCACCACCCCGUAUCCCAUCGAUGAAGAGGCCACAGAGUGUGGGGAGAACUGCAGUUUUGAGGAUGACAAAGAAUUGCAGCUCCCUUCAGGAUUCAAUUGCAACUUUGAUUUCCCCGAGGAGACGUGUGGUUGGAUAUACGACCAUGCCAAGUGGCUGCGGAGCACCUGGACCAGUAGCUCCAGCCCAAAUGACCAGACGUUUCCAGAUGACAAGAAUUUCCUACGACUACAGAAUGACGGUCGGAGAGAGGGCCAGUAUGCGAGGCUCAUCAGCCCACCGGUCCACCUACCCCAAAGCCCUGUGUGCAUGGAGUUCCAGUAUCAAGCCACAGGCAGCCAAGGGGUGACGCUGCAAGUGGUUCGGGAAGCCAGCCAGGAGAGCAAGCUCCUGUGGGUCAUCCGAGAGGACCAGGGCAGCGAGUGGAAACAUGGGCGGAUCAUCUUGCCCAGUUACGACAUGGAGUAUCAGAUUGUGUUUGAGGGAAUGAUAGGAAAAGGACGUUCAGGCGAGAUAGCCAUUGAUGAUAUCCGGAUCAGCACUGAUGUUCCGCUGGAGAACUGCAUGGAACCCAUCUCAGCUUUUGCAGGUGAGAAUUUUCAAGGGGGCACCCUCCUACCAGGGACCGAGCCCACAGUGGACACGGUGCCCGUGCAGCCCAUCCCAGCCUACUGGUAUUACGUAAUAGCCGCCGGGGGCGCUGUGCUGGUGCUGGUCUCCGUCGCUCUGGCCCUGGUACUUCACUACCACCGGUUCCGCUAUGCGGCCAAGAAGACUGAUCACUCCAUCACCUACAAAACCUCCCACUACACCAACGGGGCCCCUCUGGCGGUGGAGCCCACCCUAACCAUUAAGCUAGAGCAAGACCGGGGCUCCCACUGCUGAGGGCCGAAGCAAGGACAGCACCCAAAACAAACAAGAAUGACUGCAAACACGUUGCCUCGAUUUUGCACUUUUUUCUCCUCACCUAGUCUCUGUGUGAACUCUCAGACAUCUCUCUCCCAUGUCCCCAACCCCUGAGCGCCCUUAUCCAUCCUGACCAUUUUCCUUGCAUCUUUAUUUUUCUUCUUCUUUUGUUGAUUUCAAACCAACAACACCCAACUCUAAUGCUGCAUCUUGGAUUAUUAUGAGAAGAGACACCACCCUAAGCACUUCACAACUCAAGGCUCAGCUGGUUUUGUUCCAGAGACUGGUCCCUUGUUUUUGCCCUUGCCUUACCCAGACCUCCUCUCGGUGGGCAGUCUGCCAGGGGCCUUGAUAGGAAACCUGGCCCUGGAUGUCUGUACCUAGUGUUUGUUCACAUGUGUGAGUAGCUCUCUAUGUGUGUGGGUGGGUGUGUGAGAGAAUGUGUGGUUCAUUGUGUGUGUGAGGGGUGGUGUGAAUGUUUUUAGUGAGCGCCCCCUUUAACUCUUGUGUUGCUUUUCCUGGGGUACAUUUUACAAGACAAUAGUCUACUGUACUAGUUGUGUUUACUUGGAGAAGAGAUUGAAGCUUUUUUGUUGCCUUACCUA